AGCUCACUGCUGUUGACGUCAGGUAGGUAAUAGAACUCCACUCAUGCAGGCGUGGCCAAACGUCUCGCGGGUCUCUGAAAAGCGCUUUUUUGUUGAAUGCGAACUAUUUUUUUAAAUCGACAAACUGCUAAAAUGAAUAACGGUUUACUAUUAUCGUGAACAUUUAAACAAGAGAGGAAUUUAUAUGGUAUGUAAGUCUACUUACGGAGCUUUAGCAAAGUCGUUUUCACAUGCUUUGAACAAAUUAGUUUUUGAAGGGCGUGAUGAGGGACCGCCUGGGCGAUUUGACAGCGAACAGCAGCAAUAACCCUUUUAAUGUGGAUGAUGAUGAUGGCACCAUCACAGUGGAUAACAAUUCCCACAGGGAUGACUUCUUGAAACAGGUGGGGGAGGUGCGACGCCUCAUCGAUAAGAUCUCUUCCCAGGUAGAUGAAGUGGUGAAGAAACACAGCGCUAUCCUCUCUGCCCCCAACCCUGAGGAGAGCACCAAAGAUGAACUGGAGCAGCUCACCAAUGAAAUCAAGAGGAAUGCCAACACAGUGCGGGCCAAGUUAAAAACCAUGCAGGACAGCCUGCCUGAGGAUGAGAAUGCAAACACAGCCUCUGUGGACCAGCGCAUCCAGACAAACCAGCACACAAAUCUGAUGCGCUGGUUUGUGGAUGUCAUGACGGUGUACAACGAGACCCAGAUGUCCUUCAGGGAGAGGUGCAAAGGACGGAUUCAGAGACAGCUGGAGAUCACUGGGAAAGUGACCACUGAUGAGGAGCUGGAGGAGAUUCUGCACAGUGAAAAUCCUGCAAUCUUCACUUCUGAUAUCAUCUCCGACUCCCAGAUCACGCGCCAGGCUCUGAAUGAGAUUGAGUCUCGCCAUAAGGACAUCAUCCGCCUGGAGUCCAGCAUCAGGGAACUCCACGAGAUGUUUGUUGACAUGGCCAUGCUGGUGGAGACUCAGGGGGAGAUGAUCAACAACAUAGAGAAGAACGUGAGCAGUGCAGCAGAGUUCAUCGGCGUGGCCAAAGUGGAAACCAAGAAGGCAGUGCGGUACCAGAAAGCGGCGCGCAGGAAGUAUGUCAUAAUUGCCAUAGUCGUGGUGAUCCUGCUUGCUGUAAUCGCACUUAUCGUUGGUUUGUCUCUGGGUCUAAAACUGCCCUCAACCGCACAGCCUUAGCUCUUCUUUUUCACAGAAAAUGCUUUAUCUUGCUAUUGGUGGGGUUAUUAGUGUCAUCGUUUUAGCCAUUAUUAUGGGGUUGAGUGUCUCAUAGUGAUUUGUCCAAGCCCCCCCUUAAACAAAAACGAUCAAUGUAUGAUCAGUCUCAACCUCAUUCUUCCAUCUGAAAUAUCUACCAUGACCAUUAAUGCCUUGCUGGGUGAAGUGACUCCUCUCUCAUGGAGUGAGUAAAAGCUCCAAUGAGGAGUUUCUGCUGUGCAUUUCAGAGGAAGACAACAACUCUGCACCUGCAGUAUCAACCAGAGGGUGGUGCUGAAUCUCCUGUUUCACUCCUAAACCUUUUCAACCAGACAUGCACUAUGCACUUUUGACAGAAACACACAUACACACAGCAUAUGUUUUACUAUCCUUGUGGAGACCUAAAAUUGAUUUCCAUUCUAUUUCUCCAAACUCCUGUCCUUAAUUCUAACCCUAAACUUAAGCCUAAAAUAGCCUUUGUCAUUUUGUGGAGACCUGGGAAAUGUCCCCGCAAGGGAGAAUUGUCCUUGUUUGACUAUCCUUUUGGGGAUUUCCGGUAUCCAUGAGAAUAGAUACACAGAGCCUACACUCAGUUUACUUAUAACCUCUGGUAUUCUUUGAAAUGGUAUCAGUAAAUCCCAGUUACAUGUUUGUUUGUAUUCCCUCUCCUGAAUUGGUUGGAUGUACUCCCUACUUGAAGAUGUGUUCUAUCAAUUGUUUGACUGUUUCUUUGUGCCUCUCAUUACAUUUUGAGCUCCAGAGCUUUAUCAAAUAUCUUUACACCACUGAACAUUGCAAAUGUAUAUUUUCAACUUUUGUAGAAUUUAUUUUUAUAGUCACCUGAACAUGUAUCCGAUGUUACUCGUUAUUUAUUUGUGCUGUAUUUUGUUAACAGCUGUGAUAAUGAACUUGAUAUGACAUUGCUGACUGAGUGCUUGCGGAGUUGAGACAAACAUCAUAUUGUACUACUGCACCUGUUUAAAAUAUUAUAUUUCCAUGCACAAAACACUAAGCUCACACUAGCUAUUGAGUACAGUGGAUCUAAUUUAGCCAAGUGUUGCAGUUGUCAGAAUUAAUUUAGGAAGGUGGGAAUGGUGUCAGUACACACUUUAUUAUGCCUGUGUUUUUCAUCAAGUGCCUUACAACAAAUGACAAAGUUAACCACAGCACUGUCCAAGUCUGCAAGAUAUGACAUCACUUGUCUAAAGUGAAUCCAGCUGAUAUGUAAAGUGUCUCUUUCAAUGUUCUUUCGCUUCAAAAGUAUCUAUGAUAGCCAACCAAGAGAGAGCAAAAAUAAAGCAGUGUAAAA